AUGCCGUCUCUUAGCAAUUUUGUAGUCUUUGCCGCGUCGGCCUUCUCACUGGCUGCCGCAUCUCGCAAGACCUACCCGUCGCAGACGUACGCAGAAUGCCAGAGAAAGACACACAACCCCUUGUCGGGAUGUCCUGACCGUACCCUGUACGUCAGCCUGAACGACACAAGCGCCGACUUCCAGAGCAUCCAGGCCGCCAUCGCGUCCGUUCCAAACAACACGGACGCGUACACGAUCCUGAUCGCCCCCGGCAUCUACACGGAGCAGCUGAACGUGACGAGACAGGGGCCGCUGACGCUGCUGGGUCAGUCGGACAAGCCGGCGAGAAACGAGUCGUACUCGAACGUGUACGGGUCCAACGCGACGGACAAGGCGCACGCCAACGAUGUCCAGAUCUACUGGAACUCGGCAAAUUUCAACAAGACCUUCACGGACAACGUGUACACGGGUGUCUUGACCAUUGGACCUACCCUUAAUGCCACACUGACAGGUUCCGGUCCAACCGGCUUUGCUGUGCCGGACGAUACGCCAUUCGGCUGCAGCGACUUCAGCGCCUACAACAUCGACUUCAGGAACGAGCAGUAUCCGUACUCGAACGGACCCGCCCACGCCCUAGGCGUCAGUCGCGCGAAUUCCGGCUUCUACUCUUGCGGGUUCUACAGCUGGCAGGAUACCAUCUACAUCGGUAAGCUCGGUAACGCCUACUUCCACGACAGCAUCGUGGCGGGCCAGACCGACUUCCUUUACGGCUUCGGCACGCUGUACAUCAGCAACUCAACCCUCUCGCUCCGCAGCUGCGGCGGGGGCAUCACGGCCUGGAAGGGGACCAACACGACCUUCGAGAACAAGUACGGAGUGUACAUCGCCGACUCGGCCGUGCUGGCGGCCAACACGAGCAUCGCAGCCUCCAUCGUGGACCGGUGCUCUCUAGGCCGGCCGUGGAACGCCCUGCACCGCAGCCUGUUCGCGAACACGUAUUUCGACGCCAGCAUCCUGCCCGCCGGCUACACGCCUUGGUCCGGUGCGGUGAACGGCAACAUCGGCGUCAACACCACCAUGGCCGUCUACGACGUCUACGGCCCUGGCUACGACGCGGCGGCCGAGGCAGCAGCGGGGAACGUGACUAAGAUCUUCGACCAGGAGGACGCGGAACCCUUUCUCACACCCGAGGAUGUGUUCAUGACGGAGAAGGGCGAGCAGCCGAAUGUGGGCUGGAUUCACCGCUGA